UUUUCAGGCACCUGGCUGGCUCUAAAUAAUCCGUUUUGGCAGAAUGCAUUAUUGGGCUCGCAAAAUCGGCUAGUAAACAGACCCAGCCAUGGCCUAGCUCACACAUAUAUAAACUCGUUCCCUCAUCCCUCUUCUCCACCAUGUUGUGUCUUUCUCUCGUUCUCCUGCUCUGCGUGGCCUCUGCCUCCGGAAUCUACACCAACACAUCCUCCACGGUCCAGCCGACACCUACCCCGUGGAUCCAAGCAUACCUCGAAGAUGACCUGCCACGAUUUGCCAUCUACGUGCCCACAGAGCUCGGUCCCUGGGACUCUGUCUCGUUUGUGUCGAUCGGGAAAACGUCCAACUUUGAGUGGGUGCCGGGCACCGCCGAGGUUUUUGCCGGUUCCGCCGCUGUGAAAUCCGGAAUCGAGGAUUUCUCCACGGCCUCUGCCACCGAUGUUGUUGUGUCCACGCCGUUCUCGUCGCUCAGCAGCUCCAACGUGCUCCAGUUCGUCUCGCCUGAUGCCACUAACGUCUACAACCGCGUCUUCACCGCCACUUUCGCCGUUGUCAUCAGCGACGCCGCUUCUAACUCAAAGAGAGACGAGCACGUGUACUAUCUCACCGCCACCGUUAGCCUCAACCAGGAAGAGACCUCGUCACUGCCUCAGCUCACCACGCUCGUCACCACUACCUGUCCUGGCGGGAAAUGCUCCGUCCAAACCGUGACCGAGUCGUUGUCCUCGUACACAACUUUCAUCGGCAACCAUAGUACGGUGAUCACCGAGUACAACAUCAUUCCUGGCUCCACGGCCACGCCACAGACCACUACCACGGCACCGGCCCCAAUAUUCACUGGCUACCACUUCAAUAGCACCCAGACGGCCAACACAUCGAGUACCUACGUGCCCCCACCAACCACACAGUCGACUAAGAUUGGCACGCUUACAAGGCAUACCCACACUACGAAGAGCACGCUGAGCUCGUCAUCAUCAUACUCGGCCAUCGUUUCGACAGUCACCACAUACCACGACGCCGCGGGCAAAAACGUGGCCACCGGGUUGGCGGCCGCUGUCGGAAUGGUUUUGGUGUGGCUGGUGUACUCCACGCGCGCGUUCGAAAACAUUCUCCACCUGCGCCCCACGCAGCACAACGUGUUUGUGAACGACUCGCACAUGGUGGUCCCUUUUCGAGGCCGCGGACUGUAUGGAGGAGCGCUUGCUGCACAGGCCAUAGUGGCCGCGCUGCAGACCGAGCAGUGCGGCGAAUGGAAACCGCUUUCGAUUCAUUGCCACUUUCUAGCCGCAGUACAACCUGACAUGCCGCUUGUGUACAAAGUAGAGGACCUCAAAGUGAGCAAAAACUACCAGGUGAAGGAGGUGCGGCUGUUACAGGGUGAAAAACUGGCCUUCAACGCCGUUUGCACGAUCCAGAAAACCCUCCUGGAGGGAACCGCAGGUAAAGUCACCGGCCAGCUACACCAUCACCGAAACCCGCCUGCUGUGGAUGGGCUUGUCGACCAAAAUACAGCUUUCGAGCUUUGGGCAGAAUCCAACGGUCGCCAAGGCGAGCUGCACAGCCUAAAACACUUUUACAACAACGAGCCCAUCGAAUGGCAGUUCCCGCCGCACAUGUUUGAUCUGGCACAGGUAUCAGAACCAGAGAAAAAACUCCCCGUAUCUGAACGCACAUUGUGGUACAAAUUGCGGCCAAAGUUCCCCGCCGCUAACGAAAUCCAGAGAUGGGGCAUCACGGCGUAUCUAACAGAUUACUUCUACCUGAACACCAACAUGCGACUAAAUAUGCAGAGCCUGUUGCAGACCACCAAUGGCUCGUGCACGGCGUCAAGAGCCUCAGUUGCGGUGACAGCAAAUGCAUCAUGACUGGGGAGUUGUUCCAGGGUGACAAUCUCGUCGCACAUACCAUCCAACAGGGUCUAUCUGUGAUCUAGUUUUCCUGCUCUGCGGUGCGGCGAAUUAGCUCUGCAAUCUGCCGUUCCUCCUCCUGCUCCAUGCUUUGGUGGAUGAUGGCAUUGCUCACACGGGCCUGGUCGAUGUGGUCAAAAAUGGUGGUGCCUUCGCCCUGUUUUGGUGGCAGCACGUCAAAUUCAAAGAUCUCAUGGUCUUUCCAGAACUGCAUAGGAAUGCGCGCCAUGGCAUUCGUCUCGUUUGACAAGAUCACGUGACGGAGCAAGUUCUCUGGGAUCUCCUUCUUGUCAAACUGCACACCGGCCUUUUUGCCCUUUUGGACAGCUUUUUUGAGCUCGGCUACCAUCCAUCCCCGGCAUUCUGUCUCCUCAAGCAUCAUUUCCACGCGAGUUAGAUAAACCGCGGUAGCCAGCUUGAUGUAAUCAGACACCCUUGAAGAAGGUUCUUUUUGUGCGGCCAGUUUGUGGAGCAACAUCUCACCUGUGUAAGGAUACGUAUUGUAAGCCCUGGACAGAGCGUCUGUGGCAGCCGUGGGGUCUAUUUUGUACUGGCAGAUGGCUAGAGAGUAUGCCAACGGCGGAGUCAGCCACUCCCUAUAGGUCUUGACCAGGAAGCUAUUGCACAGGUCUACCAGAUACUGGAAUUCGCCGGCCAUCACGGCGUAAAAAUCAAUAAAAUAUCUGACUCCGUACGGGUCGCCGGCAGGGUCAAACGACAGUAGCAACUUGCAGUAGUUGAGGGCCGUGUAAAAGGUAGAUUUCUGGGUCAACACGGUGAUAUAUUUGAACACUGUGAGAUAACACUGUCUAUUGAGAAAAUACUCAAAAGGCAAGCGACAGUCACCACUUCCGAGCUGGAAGUUGGUUCGCAAGCUCCAAUCAAAAACAAAAAGUGCCCGUUCUAUGAGCCCGUUGGUGUUCGAAUUGUCGCCCUGGCGCUGGAGAAUCGAUGUUACCUGCAAGAUCGUUUCAAGAUGAUACGGGUACUGCUGGAGCAGGUGAAUUAGUGCCUCAUGGUCGGGAUGGAUGACGGUAUAUAUGUAAAACUGUGUGGUAAUUGCUCGCGGAUAGGCUGGUGUCUCGACAACGCAAAAAUCAUGGGUGCUGCCAGGCACCAUUUCCAUCGAAAGCGGUUUCUUAGGCGUUGGGAUCCAGUCGUCGCGGAUCUUACACAUCAGGAGCUUGCGGGAAGUUCCCGGGAUCGAGCGGCGAUCUCUACCACACCAGCCACGCACCCGCUUGCUCAGCAGUUUGAUUUGCUUCAACACGUCCGGACUCACAAACAUGGACGGCGUGGCGUCUGCGUCGUCGACGGCCGCUGACGAGAGUUUGCCGAAAACGGCCUCAAACUCUCUGUCCGGAUCCAGAUCGCGCGGAUCAAACUGGAGCAACGGAAGGGCACUUUGGAGCCGCGCGGCGGUCAAUUCAGAUGCACCAUCGACUAAAUUCUCGAAUGGGCCGUCGAAGCUGUCGCAAGGCUUGUCUUGAUCGGUGGUCUGAGUGGAGAUCUGGAGCUGUGCAAGAAUUGCAUCAAUAUCAUCGUCCUCAGGAUGCGGCGACUUCUUUUUCCUCGAUUUCUUUCCUUUCUUGACGGGCUGGGGCUUUGGUUCUGGUGCCUGUUCUAUAUACUGUUCUCUAUCCGGUUCCUGCUCUUCGCUCUCACCUCCGUCGCUGUCGUCGCCUAACAGUGCAAAUGCAUUCGUCGCCCGCCGCGGCACAUACUCAGGCUCAUCGUCGGACGUCGUCUCAAGCUCUUGCUUCUGCAAUCUUCGAAGUGCCCUGUUGCUCAUGAUGGAGUAAUUUUU